AUAACACAGUAAUUUCACUUGCGGUGUUCCAAGGCUUAACUUAUUAAUUUUGAAGCAUCUGGAGUUUCGAUCCAUUUUUACUACUCCUUAUUCCAGAACCUGCUCCAGUGAAGUUGGUGUUAAGAAUAAAAUCCAUUAGAAGCGCUGAAAGAUAUGAAAGAGCACAACAUCGAUGGACACAUCUUUAACAUCAAUAGCAUUGCAGGACACUAUGUUUUGAAUUACCCAAGGAUAGAAGUCUACACAGCUACCAAACACGCGGUCACAGCUUUGACAGAAUUAAUGAGGAAACAAUGGCAGUGCAGAAGUCAAAAGUCAGGUUUACGUGCUUGUUUACAGAGUAUCAGCCCUGGUUUGACUGAUACAGAAAUGAUAGAAGAUGCUAAAAAGUUGAACCUGAUAAAGGAUACUUCACCAGUUCUGUACCCAGAAGAUAUAGCAGAUGCCGUUGAAUAUGCCUUAUCUACACCUCCCCAUGUGCAGGUGCACGAAAUUAUGAUUCGACCAACUGGAGAUGCCCUUUGAAUUGCUUAUCCGGAUAUUGAGUUGGGAUUUUAUUGUGUUUGUGUCACAAUAUUCAUGUUGAGUAAUACAAUUUCAACCUUUCCUAGAGUUUGAAACACUUUGUAUACAGCCAGCUGAAAUUUAACACCUCCAAUUACUCAUAAAUGUCAUUUGAUACAGAAAUUCACUUGUAUCAAGGGAAAACAUUUAGUGCUUAUUAUCAGUAAAUAUGAUACAGACCUUAUUAAAGUCGGUUAAGCCCCUCGAAAUCAAAAAUUAUUAUUUUUUCACCAUAACCUUUUAGGAAUGAUAUAAAAAAUGACUUUGGUAUAAGCCUAAAUUGGUAGAAAAUUUGGGUAUUAAUUUUCAUGAAUCUCUUAAGGUUAUGCCUCACGUGAAAAAUAUAACUAUGUAUUUCCACUCUACGCAACUAUACCGCAAUAACAAUUUCUUAACUAUAAAACUAAAAAAAAAAAAAUAUGAAUCACUAGUUAUGCCAAAAAUCACUUUAAUAUUAACAUAUUUUGAUAAAUAUUCUUUGUGAUUUGCUCAAAUUUACAACUUUACCUCACAAAAAGGUUUCCAUGUUUAUAUUUUACUUCUUUGUAUAGGUACACUCCUGUUAUAUUUUAUAUUCUCAGUCAAGAUACUUUUAUACAAAAUAUUUGUAUAGCUGUUUUUAUACACCUAUGUUUUAGACUAUUGUUACAUUGACAUAUUUUGUUUUGCGUUAUGUAUUUCUUCUGCAUUUAUUUGUUGUGGUGUAAUAGCACUGUGCUAAACUUUGCCCCUAUUAAAGAC